UACAACGAGCAGCUGAGAAGCUUGAUAUUUCAACCCAAAACCCAUGUGCGUAUCCCAUCCCAUCCCAGCUGUGUUGAGAGACCAAAACGCAACAAAGAUGAUACCUUCAUGAUUUUCGAGCUUUAUUAAUUAUAACAUUGAAAGAAAAACAUUUAUUAAAAACAUAUAACAACGGUUUCAAAUCAUUCACACCUUGUCACAACAACUAAUCAUUCAAUCACAUUAAUUGGGUUUAAGAAUGAAAAUGCUUUAAAUGUGUUGUAAUGUUUGCCGCACUCACUUUCUCUCCCUCUCUCUCUAUAUCCCAUCCCUCUCUUCUAUGGCUUAAUGCUCAUUAUGUAGUUUUGAAGAUAGUAUUUUUAACAAGCAUAGACACUUGUUUUGAGAUUUCUGCUUCUGGGUAUCGCUUGUUUUUUAGUUUAUAAAAUCUUUCUGACUUCUGUGACUACUUGGAAUUUUUUGAGCAAUGGGUCACAAUCUAUUAUUCUCUUUCUUUUGGCUUUUAUCUCUUCUGGUCGGAGCUUGUUUUGCGGAUUCAUAUCAAGAUCAAGAGAAAGAUAGGGUCACUGAGUUGCCUGGACAACCAAAGAACGUGGACUUUGCUCAGUACUCGGGCUAUGUGACUGUGAACAAGAAAGCUGGGAGAGCAUUAUUUUACUGGCUUACAGAGUCUCCAGCGAGUCGUAAACCUGAGUCAAGACCACUCGUGUUGUGGCUCAAUGGUGGUCCUGGUUGCUCCUCUGUUGCUUAUGGUGCAGCUGAGGAGAUUGGACCUUUGCAUAUCAGACCUGAUGGAAAGACCCUUUUCAUAAAUCCUUAUUCUUGGAACAAUGUGGCGAAUUUGUUGUUUCUUGAGUCUCCAGCUGGUGUUGGCUUUUCAUACUCCAAUACGACAUCAGAUUUGUACACCACUGGUGAUCAGAGAACAGCUGAGGAUGCAUACAUAUUUCUUCUCCAUUGGUUUGAAAGGUUUCCUCAGUACAAGCACAGAGAUUUCUAUGUUGUUGGAGAAAGUUAUGCAGGUCAUUAUGUUCCUCAAUUGUCUCAAAUUAUUUACGAAAAAAACAAGGGAAAACAGAAUCCAGUGAUCAAUUUGAAAGGGUUUAUGGUGGGAAAUGCUGUGACUGAUGACUACCAUGACUAUGUUGGGACAUUUGAGUACUGGUGGACUCAUGGUUUGAUCUCUGAUUCUACCUAUCGAAUGUUGCGAAGGAAAUGUGAUUUCGGGUCCUCACAACAUCCUUCUGUGGAAUGCAUGAAUGCUCUUGUUAUUGCUGAGAGGGAGCAAGGAAACAUAGACCCAUAUAGCAUUUUCACCAGCCCUUGCAAUAGUAGUGAAUUCCUUAACCGCAACUUACGUGGUCAUUAUCCAUGGAUGUCAAGAGCCUAUGAUCCCUGCACCGAGAGGCACUCAAAAGUGUACUUCAAUAUUCCUGAAGUUCAAAGGGCACUUCAUGCUAAUGUAACUGGACUUUCUUAUCCUUGGAAAACUUGCAGUGACAUUGUUGGAAACUACUGGACAGAUUCUCCCCUAUCUAUGCUUCCUAUUUAUAAAGAACUCAUAGCUGCUGGUCUUAAAAUAUGGGUAUUCAGUGGGGAUACUGAUGCAGUAGUUCCAGUAACUGCAACAAGAUACUCAAUAGAUGCACUGAAGCUACCAACUGUCACCAAUUGGCACCCAUGGUAUGAUCAUGGCAAGGUUGGUGGGUGGAGCCAAGUAUACAAAGGGUUGACAUUUGUUACAAUAACUGGAGCAGGGCAUGAGGUUCCACUACAUCGCCCUCGUCAUGCAUUUAUUCUUUUCAGAUCAUUUUUGGAGAACAAGCCUAUGCCAAGUUAAAUCCAAUUCAACUUAUUCAAGUAUUCUUGAUGAAUAAGCUCAAAAAUAUAGAGAUUUUAAAAUUGUUUAUAGAUUAUAAUAGAAAGCAAAAUAAGAGAAGCAUUCACCUUGAGUGUUCCUCCAUUUUCACUACCCCAAUUGCAAUGCCAUUUAUUAGUAUUCUUCUACAAAUUGUUUCUGAAUAACUUCUAUGAAGAAACUGCAGGAAGUACUAGUUAUAUAGAUAGAUACCUCAAAUUUGAGUAUAUUUCUUUUUGUUUUAUUAUUAUAUUUAGUACUGUAAAAAGGUUGUAGGGGAAUCAUUCUAUCUUAAUAGAAAUUUUGUCUUUGUUGUAAUAAGUGAAACUGUAAUUGUUUAUGUUCUUAAUAGAAAUUUCCAAUUCAUAUGUUCUCAUUUCAA